AUGAGGAUGGACGGCAUAUCGCAGACUAGCGAUGGCAGCCAGAAAGCCGUCACCAGAACGCCCUCGUCUUCAUCCUUGGGCACAGACUCUACAAAGUUUGAUGCCUCCAUGGAUGUCCUGGGCGACGACGCCAACCGAGAGACAGAAAAGCUACAAUCUAAGAAGAGGGAUUGGCGGAACGAAUUCCAACAUCUUGUCCUUCAAGGAAUCGAUAAGCAUCAAUUGUAUUAG